CCAGGACCCGCCCAGCAGCGUCCCAAGGGCCAGCACUCCAGCAGUGCCUGCUGCGUCGCAGUGCACCGCACGCCCUUGGCCACCGUCUGAAAGUCAAUUUAAGCCAGCGCUUUCGUAGGCAGGCAAGAACACGGCUUCGGUCUUCAUGUUUUGUUGUUUCUCCUGUCUGUGUUGCGGCAUGGUGAUUGAUUCUACCUCUCUCAAACAAAUGAGGGCCGGACGAGCCGCAACGUAGUCAAUGCGCGAUGUAUUAGAAUGACACGCGGGGACAGAAAGUCUUUGGGAUCGCCCGGUCGGUCGGAAUGAUCACAUUGAUGAAAUUGAAAUUGCCGGUCGCCCCAUAUUUCGUUACCAGCUCAUUUGUCACGACAUUGCAUACUGCAACCUUACAUAUAUCAUUUCAAUGCCACAGGCAGCUGUUCUAUAGGCAACUUUUCAAGCAAAUCCUGGUCCAAUACAGAGCCUGUUUACCCACUUGGGAACUCAAAGCACAACGUAGAGAGCACAUCACAAAGUAGCACGUGCCGGACCACUACAUCGCUCACUCGACGGGGGACAGCGCACAGCUGCUUGUGGCACCUGCCCGGCUUCUGUAGGCCCCAGCUCGCGCCACAAGAGCACCGCUCGGUCAGCUGUAGCCCAUGGGUCCCUCUAAACCCGCAGCUAUGUCCGCAAAGCAGCGCAAGGCGCCAGGCCCCAGCACUGACACACGGUCGUCGGGUAACGGGGCUGUGGGUACUCGGGCCGCGGACCCCGGCGCCACCAGCACCGGGCAAGACGUAGCCGAUGGCAGCCGCCAGGGGAGGAAGCCCGCAACACUUGCAAGCCAAACAGGAGUUCUGCUAUACCGGCUGCAUGUUGCUAUGGGCGGGCCCAUGUACACAACGGGCGAGAACGUACUCAUGUACCUGCUGCUGGUGCUGGUGGCGGCGCUCAUCGGCCUCGGCGCCUACAAGCAGCUCGCGAAGCUCGCAGAAUUGGCGACGAGCAAGCUGGCUGGCGCGGCGGGGCCAGGGAAAUAAUAAUGCGCGCACUGUUGCUGUAGGAACAGGUAGAUGUACAUGGUAGACAUGGGUAGAAUAAUGGAGCUGUCUGGUGAUGAGGGACGGCACCCCGCGCCGCGUUGCGGGGGUAUGGCGCGGCACCAUUGGCGCGUGCCAGCCACGGGCGUGGGCUCCGACACGGUGUGCGCAGCAGGUGGAGGGUGGCGUGCAGCGACUGCGGCGCACUGGUCAAUAGCCGAUUUCCUGGGUGUGCGUGCGAGUGUGUUUCAUGUGGGGCAUGCAGACGUGUGUGUAAGGCUGGGUAAGGAUAUGCCAAGGUGCCUGUGCUGCGCGGCUUGAGUGACCGGCGAUUGUGGUGGGGCACGGCAGGAUCACGGUGGACGGCAGUGCGCUGGAGGCUGGGCCGGUGCUGGUGGGGCGUGCGGGUAUUGAUUCUGAUGGAUGGUGGGUGGCGCGGCGUGCCUUCGCACGCGGGUCGUGCUUCAUACCCAUGACCCCUGGCCACCUCUUGUCUUCGGUUCGGCACCAAAUACACUACGCCCGCGAGUGUCACGUAUUAAGUAUUUGGUAAAGCCUAUUGAUCGCAGAUAGGCGGCGGUUUCGUGUUGAGGCAGUUUUGAGACCGUUCGCCAAUGUGGGGGCGCCAUCAAGGGCAAGGAGUGUGGGGCGGUUGCAUGGGCUGCUGCCGGUUGCGCGGUCGUGUGGACGGACGCGGCUGUGUGCUUACCGGUAUGGGCCAGCCAGGGCGUGCAUUGGCGCGGACUGGCCCCGGGGGGCAUGAGCGCGCACUGGACCCUGCAGCAUGCGGCCGGGGGCGUGUGUGUACCGUAGUAACGAAUAACCGCGUGUGGUGAUUGUUGCAGUGCUGGGACCCAGGAGGCUGUGUGGCCAGGCCUGCAAGGGCCGGGUCAAGGUCAGCGAGACGGUGCAGAGGGUGGUGGUGCACUUGGGAUGCCGCGCACGCAAGGGGGUGGUGGUGGUGCGGGCGGGAGGUGCGGGGUCACUGCUGGGCGCAGGGUGGGUAGGUGCGCCCUUUGACCAGGACCUGGCCUGGUCCAGUGCACCUCCUGGUGCAGGCCGUGAAGCCACGGCUGAAAGCGUGUGUAUGUGCCUUCAAUGGGAUUUGGGAGGGUUUGAUUGGGUGGGCGGCAGGUGAUGGUUGUGGUUGCACUGGACCGGUGUGCACGGCCUGCUGACGGCCGUGUGGCCCAUGCAACGCCCCCGUGAGUGCGGCCGUGCCACUUGCUGCAAACGACCAACAGCAUUUACGUGCCUCGUCUACUCUCAUGUUGUCACAU